AUGAAGGUCCUUCAGUUUCUUCGACACAAGGCCCUCCUCAUUUCUACAAUUAUCGCCGUUGUACUGGGAAUUGUAGCUGGUAUUAUGUGCCGGUCUCUUAAGCCAACCCCUGACGCCAUUCAGUUGGUGCAGUUUCCUGGAGAGCUUUUCCUUCGUAUGCUGAAGAUGCUGAUGCUGCCUCUAAUAGUCGCCAGUAUUAUUACAGGUGUGAUUACGUACUGCAUUGUUUUCGGUGUGACACUAAACCAACUUGAUGUCGUGGAGGAAUGUGCUGCCACGCUGCCGGUGACGAUGCAGUGUGUGGAGCAGCGGAUGAAGAUGGACACACGGAUUUCCCGUUUCAUACUCCCAGUGGGUGCCACAGUCAACAUGGACGGCACAGCUGUCUAUGCUGCCAUUGCUCCGAUGUUCAUUGCUCAGUACAAUGGGAUCAGCCUGACAUUCGGAGAUGUAAUAAUUAUAAGUUUAACAGCUGUUCUCAGCAGUGUAGGAUCUGCUGGUGUCCCUGGCUCUGGUUUUGCUAUGCUGUUGCUUGUCCAGAAAGCUAUUGGUCUCCCGGAACGCGGAAUAUCUUUCUUGGUCACCGUUGAUUGGUUGAUUGACACAUCAGAGACUCAAGGCGAGCUCUCUGCGGGAGGAGCAGGAGAUGCUGGAGAAUGA